AUGGCAGAUGCACAACCACAAUCGCCCUGGACAGUGGGCGGAACGCUGAAAGCCAUCCCACUCGGAACAUUGAUUAUCAUAGGAGUAUCCUUACUACUGUUUAUUGUCAACAUGCUUUCUGGUGGAGCUGUUACUGGCGCAUGGUGUUUGGUUCCAACAAAUUACACAUACUCUCCAGUAGUUGGAUUGCCUCGACUCUUUGGCUAUGGACUUGUUCAUUCAGGCAUCGUUCAUUUUAUUGUGGCCAUGGUUGCAUUCCCAUUAGCAACCGCUACGUUGGAAUUCAGUAUAGGCACUUUGCCGUUUCUUUACUUGUUCUCUAUAUUGGGCAUGCUGACUGGAUUCCUCUACUGUUUUGUCAUUUGGGUGUUUUCGUUCAUCUGGCCUUCGUGGGGCUUGUAUCCUGUCAAUGGAAUGGAUAUCCCGUUCUUUACUUUUUUAACCAUCGAAACUCUUUCCAAAAGAGGCAUAUUUAAAUUUGCUAGUGAAGCAGGCGUGCAGCUUCCAGAGAUCUUGUUUCCACUCCCUUUUGUCGUGGUGUUUUUGAUUAUUCUUCCAUAUUCAAGUUGGAUUUCGCAUCUGUGUGCCAUGUCUAUUGGAAUUCUAUACUUUUUGGGUGUGUUUGAAACUAUCAUGAUUACAAAUGCACGCACACACACACUAGAAACAUCAGGCAUGUUUGCGUGGUUUGUUUCUCGACCAGGAUUUGUAUCGGCUCCCGGAGCAGUUGCUCUUCCAUUACCAGGAGCAUAUCCAGAUCUCAUGAAUCCAAAUGAGCCGCUUCCGUCUAAUUCAUCCAACCGAGGAUCCAUUGUUACUCGAAUUCAAAACGUAUUCAGUGCAUCUAAAUAUACACCACUGGGUGAAGGGGGUGGAUAUCAGGACGCUUUACAUCAUGAUGUAGAUCCACUUUUAUGGGAUGAAGAGGAUGACUUGGAGGCCAGAGGUACUGAUGAUCUGCCCUAUGUAGCAAGCACUAGUGUUCAAGCCGCAUUACAGCAACCCCAAGCAGCUUCACCUAUAGCCACUAAUGCAAAAAUUCCGGGUGCAUUUUAAACUAUACUUUUAUUGAAAUGCAAAGAU